AUGAAGAAUCUGCCACUCUGGUAUUUCGUUCUCCUGCAAAGUUAUUCUCUGUUAACAUACUGUAUAGUAGUGCAGCGUUUCAUUGCUUAUACCUUUCUUGGCCCUUUGCUUCCAGCAGCCCAAUCGUCUGGUGCUGAAGACUCAAGUGAUGAUGUCAGGGUGGCGCUGGGGAUGGUGGUGAAGAAGAUCAAGCAUCUAUGGAGAGUUGGUGUUUGCUUGAGCUCUCUUCUUCCCAUGCCAGAGGCCUUGCCCCUUGGUGUGGACCCUGCGGAGGCACGUGACGACGUGCCAGAUGUGUGCCGGGAGCUGACCCAAGCGAGUGGCCAAGAGGCUCUGGACAAGAGACUGGCGGAUUUUGAAGAACUCGAGUCCGCUAUCUGUGGAUUCAAGCUCGCCAACGCGUAUGAGUGGAAGUCGCCCAUGGAUGGGCGCGAGGUCAUGGAGGCGUUGGGCAUUCAGAUUGCCGGCCCGGCUAUGAAACCGUGGAUGGAUGCCAUUGUGAGGUGGCACCUGGCGCACCCCGACGGGACAAAAGAAGAGUGCAGGGACUUCAUCUUGAAGCGCCAAGCCAGCCAAAGGGACAACGAGCAGUCCCGCCAGGGCACAUGA